AUGGUCUCGAAAACCAAGUCCCCUGCCUUGCUCGUAUUUGGGCCCCACGGCAGUCUGCCCUCCCCGGAGCUUCUCGAAGAGCUCCGUCAGCACUUUAUCCCACAUCGACGUCUUUGCCAAGCUGUCAGAGAUUUGCCAAGCCACUGGCAGGAUCUUCUCAACUUCGAUCCUGAGUUACAAGGCGUACCUGGGGAAAAUGGCUUGAAUGGUCUCACGCACUGGCUCGAGACCGGCGACCUAUCACAGGUCCAGGCCUACGGGGAAGCCAAUAUAGUCUCGAUGCCCCUUAUGAUGGUUCUCCAGAUCGCUACAUACCUACGAUUUGUACUCGUCAACGAAGACUGGCUAGUGCAUAAAGGGGUCAUGGAGAGUGUGAAAGCAGGCGGCGUUCAGGGAUUCUGCCUUGGAUUCCUUACUGCGGCCGCCGUUGCCUACUCUCCAGUCAUCGAGAACAUUGCAACGUAUUUCGCGGUUGGCCUCCGUUUGGCAGUCUGCAUUGGUGCUUACGUGGACAAGAACGGAGUUUAUGCUAGCCCCCAGACUAACAGGACUGCUAGCUUUGCCGUUCGCUGGAAAGUUCCGGAGAUGAGCAGAGAUAAGAUCGACAACGCGCUGCAAAAACAUGCAUCUGCGUAUGUCUCAUGUAUCAAUGAUGAUUCAUGUGUGACUAUAACCUGCGGCAUCAAGGAGGAAGAACCACUGCGGCAAGAGCUUCACGCCCAAGGGUUGCGAGUCAAAAGUAUUGAGAUCCAUGGCCGCUUCCAUUCUGAGGGGUCCUAUUCAUCAGCAAUUAGCAAGCUCCGCGAGUUCACCCUUCUGGGUUAUACGGCCGAUUGGUGUAAGACUAUCAAAGGCGCUGUCGACGCGAUCUCGGAUAGGGAUUCCACCGUCAUAUUGGUCGGGUUUACUGAGAACAUUAUACCUCCACAACUUAUUCAGACAGCUGGACUUCAUAUCACUUCGCUGCCAAGUUUUGGUGUUUCAGCAAGCAAAACAACAGCAACUCAUACAAAUGGAGUAACACCCCCCAACACGCAUGACAUCCCGCGGGGAUCAACAAACGGACCCAAUGGCAUGUCACUUCACGUAAACGGAACCACGACAAAUGGAACGAAUCAUGCGCAUAAUGAUCAAUAUGCACAGUAUCCUCCACAUUCAGUGGCAGUCGUAGGCAUGGCCUGCCGCUUCCCAGGUGCAGAAUCUGUGGACGAAUUUUGGAAUUUGCUCUUAUCAGGGGUAUCCAAGGUAGAAGCGCCACCAGAGGAACGCCUGACUCUGAACGACUCCCGGAUUGAAGGCCGUGGCGACAUGAAGUGGUGGGGAAACUUUCUCCAGCACGCAGACACAUUUGAUCACCGCUUCUUCAAGAAAUCGGCCAGGGAGGCACUUUCGUGGGACCCGGAUAAGCGCCUCCUUUUGGAGGUUGCUUACCAGGCCCUAGAGUCGUCCGGGCAUUUCAGUAGCGGUCCCGAUAGCCCUAAAGACUACGGUUGCUACAUCGGUGCUGUGGCCAACAACUACUAUGAUAAUGUGUCAUGCCAUCCGCCGACAGCCUAUUCGAUGUUAGGGACAUCCCGUGCUUUCUUCAGUGGGCGUAUAAGCCAUCAAUUUGGGUUUACUGGACCUGCCAUGUCGAUCGACACGGCUUGUUCCUCGUCGCUAGUAGCUAUCCAUGCAGCCUGUCGCGCCAUACAGGCUGGCGAGUGCACGCGUGCUGUGGCCGGCGGUACCAACGUAAUCACCAGCCCUUUCGAUUAUCAGAACCUUGCCGCCGCUGGGUUUCUUAGUCCCACGGGCCAGUGCAAGCCUUUUGACGCAGGGGCGGAUGGUUACUGCCGCGGUGAGGGUGUUGCCGCAGUCGUACUAAAAAAGCUGGAUCUUGCCGUAGCGGAAGGUGACCAUAUCCUGGGUGUUAUCACUGGCUCGGCUGUCAACCAGAACUUCAAUGACAACCACAUCACGGUGCCAUGCUCGUCUUCUCAAACAACGGCGUACCAAAAUGCGAUAAAGCUCGCGGGGGCAGAGCCCGAAACUGUAUCUUAUGUUGAGGCACACGGGACUGGCACCCAAGUAGGUGACCCUAUCGAGUGCGAAAGUAUUCGAAACGCCUUUGGCGGAUCUCACCGGCCUAGUACCCUUUACUUUGGCUCGGUGAAGGGGCAUAUCGGGCACACCGAAGCAUCUGCGGGCGUUGCCGGUCUCAUCAAGGUGCUCAUGAUGAUGCAACACAAAACUAUUCUAGGCCAGGCUAGCUUUUCCAAUCUCAACCCCAAAAUUCCUGCCUUAGAGCCCGACAGGAUGGAGAUUCCCCGUUACACCAAGGCGUGGGAUGCUCCAUCGCGUUUAGCAUGUGUAAACAGCUACGGAGCCGCUGGUAGCAAUGCCGUUGUUGCCGUCCAGCAAGCCCCAGAUACGAGUGAUUAUGAAGGUCCAAGGCCCACAUCGCGAUAUCCACUUCUUCUCACGGCGGCUUCUGCAAAGAGUCUCUCCCUGUAUGCGGAAGAGCUCUUGGCCUAUGUAAAAGGGGUUCUUGCAGGGCAAGCGGGCGUGGUGCCAAACGUCACUUUCAACCUUGCAGACAGAAUAAAUCCUACUCUUCCUCACACAGUAUCUGAGACGGUGACUAGCAUCGAAGACCUUGAGAAAGUCCUUCGCGAGGUAGCGUCUGGGUCGAAGAGUUUCCAAAGAGAGGUCUCCAAAGAUCCAAAGCCAGUGGUUCUCGUGUUUGGGGGCCAGGACGGCGAUGUCAUUGGCCUGUCAGAGGAGCUUUACUCAAGCACGGCUCUAUUCAGAUACCACUUAGAUGCAUGUGACGAGGCACUGCAACUCCUCGGUUUUGACAGCAUCUUCCCGGCUAUAUUUCAGCGUAAAGCCAUAACGAAACUGCCUGUGCUACAUGCCGCCCUAUUCUCGGUUCAGUAUGCCUCUGCGAAGACUUGGAUCGACUGCGGAGUAAAGGUAGAUGCUAUUAUUGGCCACAGCUUCGGUCAGUUGACGGCACUCUGUAUCUCUGGGUCUCUGUCUCUCCAUGACUCCUUGAGAUUAGUAGUAGGUCGUGCCAACUUGAUCUCCAAACACUGGAGCGGUGACCGCGGAUGCAUGGUCGCCGUACAAACGAACCAGGACGAUAUAGCAUAUAUCUUGAAGUCGCUGAAAGAUAAGGGGCAGGGCGAUGACAAACUGGAAGUGGCUUGCUACAAUAGCCAGAGCAGUCAGGUUCUGGCUGGAUCCGAAUCGGCUAUUGACGCUUUAGAGAGCUUUGUGGCGUCUGAUGCCAACCUACGGGACAUCGUCCGAGUGAAACGGUUGAAAGUCACGCACGCGUUCCAUUCCCGCUUCACGGAGGGCCUUUUGCCAUAUCUCCAGGACCUUGCAAAAAGCCUUUCAUGGCAAAAACCAAAUAUCCACGUUGAGACAUGUACGGAAUUCGAGACUUAUGGGGAUCCGGACUAUAAGCUCAUUCCCGAGCACACAAGGAAGCCCGUAUUCUUUGCUCAGGCCGUUGCGAGACUUGCACAGCGGUAUCCCGACUGUACGUGGCUGGAGGCUGGUCAUGGUGCAUCGGUCUUUCAACUGUUGGGCGCAUGUCUAAGUACGGGCGCAGCGUCUCGAUCCGGCCACAAUAGCCGUACCUUUCCGUCCCAGCUCACGGGACCCAAAGCAGGCGAUGCUAUUUGUGAUCUCAUAACAGAUCUCUGGAAAGCCGGCCACGCGGUAAGGUUUUGGCCUUUCCAUCGCAACCAAAGAUCAGCGUAUAAGUUCCUCGCCGUACCACCGUAUCAGUUUGAGAGGAACUCCCACUGGCUACCAUUUUCAAAGCCGAAAGAAGUCUUAGACAAUGUUGCGGGCGAUCCUACGCAGGUGGCAGGAGCUGUAGUCGAGCAUAAGUUUAUCCACUUAAAGGGAUACACGGAACAUAACGGCAAGAACCAGGCGAACUUCCUUGUUGAUCCGGAGAGCGAGAGGUAUAGAACUUUGUUAACGGGCCAUAUCACAUCUGGUCAAGCUCUCGCACCCGUCUCGCUUUAUAUCGAAUUGAUUACAAGAGCGGCCAUAUCCCUUGGUUCGGCCAGUGCAUCUUGUUCUUCAAUGGUAGCCCGGAUUGACUCUUUGGAAAUGAAGGCGCCCAUCGGGCUUGACAACAGCAAGGAUAUAUUCCUGGUUCUAAGCCCCCUAGGCUCUGCAGUCUGGGAGUUCAAAUUUACCAGUCAGCCGAAGAGCAGCGAACAGAUCCCUAAGGCAAGUGGAGCAGGUGUUCUUUUGCAUACGAUUGGGGUCGUGUCGUUAUGUGAUCGUGCUAACACGACCCUUGCUCAACGAUUCAAACGAUAUGAAGCACUCAUAGGUCGCGACCGGUGCCGCUUCAUCAUGGACCACCCACAGGCCGAGAGAAUGCAGGGAAAGCACAUAUACCAGGCUAUCCAGCGCUUGGUGCACUUUGACCCAAUGUAUCAGGGCAUCAAGAGCGUCUCUAACCUGGGCGAUGAAGCCGCUGGGAGGGUGAUAGCAUCAGUCAAUCCUAGCCUGAGCCCCGACGAACGAUUAUACGACACCCCGCUGAUUGAUAGCCUCAUGCAGUAUGCGGGCAUUCUUGUUAACUACUUCAAGCACCCUAGCGUGGACGAAGUGCUGGUCUGUCUAGGCAUCGAGCGUAUUGAAACUGGCGGCACCUUCAGUCCAGAUGCUGGAGAAUGGAUCACAUAUGCUGUCCUGACCGAAGAUACCGAGGACCGAACUGAAUGCGAUGUAUAUGUUUUUGAGGCGAAAAGUGGAAAGCUGGUCAUGACAUUUUUGGGCUUUUACUUCAUACGUACCUCAUCAGCGGUACUAAGCAGGUCUUUGAAGGACGUAAACGGGCCCCAAAUACUCUCGAAUUCCGUUGCGCAGACCAUAAGCCAGAAUAAGCCAAUAAGAAAUGCCUUUCCAUUACCAUCGAAAUCGGUUGUCGAGCCAGCUAGUCAAAAUGAGGCCCACCCAUCAGCACUUAAACCACCACAGGCAUCGAGCAAGCGUGGAGAAGUGAUUGGUUUGCUCCAGCGGGUAACCGAUAUUCCCAUCGAAGAGAUCAUGGACGAGUCCACGCUGGAAGACCUUGGUAUUGAUUCCCUUUUGGUGACAGAGGUCCUCAAUGAGGUCAAGUCUACAUUCGGGUUAGAUAUCGAUCUAAAUACGUUCCUAUUCUUCCCUAACGUGACAGCCAUUUACACUCAUGUAAAUGAGCAAUUGAAUAUCCCAGAAUCCGGCAAUAGCGAUGGGGUAGCAACGGCACACGAAGCAUUCGACGACCUCGAUGGCUUAUACGAUAGAUUUGUCGCUGAAACUGGGGCCAAAGGUUUCUGGACGGAAGUUUAUCCACGCCAAGCUAGUCUUGUACUCGCGUACGUGGUUGACGCAUUUGCGAAGUUGGGGUGCAAUCUUCGCCAACUUUUACCUGGCGAUGUGCUACCUACCAUUUCACAUCUUCCGAGACACAAACAACUCGUACGCCAACUGCAUCGCAUCCUCGAGGAAGGCGAGCUAGUGACAGUUGACGAUAGCACGGAGCCGGUAACUUUCAUACGCACGCACAAAGCCGUCGACUCGACACCAGCGUCACAAAUCUUGGCCGAGGUUCUCGACAAGUACCCACAACAUGCCAACGUUCAUAAGCUUGUGCAAGCGACAGGAUCGGAAUUUGCGGAGUGUCUCACGGGAGCCAAAGACGGAUUACAGCUGGUGUUUGGUAAUAAGGCCAACAAGAAGAAUCUUGACGAUGUCUAUGAGCAUUGGCCGCUCGUGAAAUCUGGAACAUUGGUGCUUGGCGAAUACUUGACUAACCUAUUCACCAAUCCAUUGCCCCGACCCGGUGGAGGCAAGUUCCGGAUCUUAGAGAUCGGUGCCGGAACCGGGGGUACGACCAAGUACGUCGUCAACCACCUCUUGGAGCAAGGAGUGCCGUUCGAGUACACCUUCACAGAUUUAUCGUCAUCGCUAGUGGCAGCGGCAAAGCGCAACUUCAAGAAGAUACCGGGGAUGGAGUUUAGAGUGAUGGAUAUCGAGAAGGAGCCUUUGCCAAGCGACACGGGCGCGUACCAUGUCAUCAUAUCGACAAACUGUAUCCAUGCGACUCAGAACCUGACGCAUUCACUCACCAACAUUCGCCGCAUGCUUAGGCCGGACGGUGUUGUCACGUUGGUAGAGAUCACACGUAACAUGUUCUGGUUAGACAUUGCUGUCGGCCUAUUUGAGGGCUGGUGGCUGUUUAAAGAUGGUCGGGAGCAUGCGGUUGCUAGCGAGACACUUUGGGAUAAGUCCAUGCGCAGUGCUGGCUUCGUUGACGUAGCAUGGACGAGCGGUCGGGAGCCCGAAGCUAAUACGAUUCGGGUCGUUGUAGGCUUUGCUGGAGCAUCGUAG